AUGAGAACCGAAAGAUGGGAUGCCGACCUGACGACUGCGGGGAUUGCGGUGAAAUCUGCAGCUCGAGUGGCGAUCUCGGCGAAUGGGUCGCACGUGAGCCCGCCGACCAAGGCCGGCUGCGACGUGAAGAACACGCAGGGCGGGGACUGGUGCCUCAACAACGACGUCUGCGAGAAGAAGUCCAACUCGUGGGUGGAGGUGAACCCGAUGAUGCAGCCGUGGUUCCAGUUGGAUCUCGGGGCGAGCUACACCGUCACCAGCGUCCUUCUCAUGAACAGCCAGUGGACCAACUUGGCGAUGGGCACGGUCGACGUGCGCGUGUCGAACACGAACCUGCUGAGCACCGCGACCCAGUCGGAGAUAUCCGCCAUGGCGCUCUGCAGAUCCGUCCGGGAGACCAACUGGUGGAAGUCGCUGAGCGUGCUGCACGUCCCCUGCUCGCCCGUCCCCGUCACGGGGCGGUACGUGCUCGUGCAGAGCAUGUGGGGCGUGAGCACCGCCUUGCUCGUGGAGGAAGUGGCCGUCUUCGGCUCCGUGCCCUGA